AAUACUGUUUGACUGUGAAGCUGCUUAGCCAAUUGUGUUGUGCUUGACAGAGUAGAAGACUACCCAAAGGAUGGCUGGGAAACCCAAAUUGCACUACGCUCGAGGGAGAGGGAAGAUGGAAUCCAUCCGUUGGCUGCUUGCAGCAGCUGGAGUGGAGUUUGAAGAAGAAUUUAUAGAUAAAAAGGAAGACUUGGAAAAAUUACGGAAUGAUGGACAGCUCCUGUUCCAGCAGGUGCCCAUGGUGGAAAUGGAUGGGAUGAAGAUGGUGCAGACGCGAGCUAUUCUCAGCUACAUCGCAGCAAAGCACAACCUCUACGGGAAGGACCUGAAGGAGAGAGCACUGAUUGACAUGUACGUGGAAGGAACAACUGAUCUGAUGGGGAUGAUAAUGAUGCUCCCUUUCCAGCCCCCGGAGAACAAAGAAAAGCAGACCAGCCUAAUUUUUGAGAGGGCCACAACCAGAUACUUCCCAGUUUAUGAAAAGGUUUUAAAAGAUCAUGGACAAGAUUUCCUUGUUGGUGGGAAGUUCAGCUGGGCAGAUGUCCAUCUGCUUGAAGCUAUUCUGAUGGUUGAAGAGAUGAAGCCUGAUGUUCUUUCUGCGUUUCCUCUGCUGCAAGACUUCAAGGCAAGGAUAAGCAACAUCCCCACAAUUAAGAAAUUCUUGGAGCCAGGCAGCCAGAGGAAAUUUGAAUUAGAUGACAAGGCUCUGCAAGAGAUCAAGAAGAUUUUCAACAUCUGAGAACAUCUGCUAUGAAGAUCACUACAAAUACUGGCACGAUUGUAACAGAUCUGUGUGACUUCUCUCUUACUAGUUGGGGGAUUAAGAGUGUAGUCCUAUUCAUGUCUAUUCGGCAUUAGUUCCAUUUGAAUUCAGUGUAGUUUACUUCUGGGUAAAUGUAGGUAUAGGAUUGGAGCCUAAAUCCAUAAAAUAGUAUUUCCUCUUGGUUCCAUAGUCUCAAAAGCUUUUGAUUGCAAACUCUUGUAAAAUGUAGUAGAUGAGAACUCUUUUGUGAAGAUUCUGAGGCCUCCUUUAGAUAUUAGUCUAAUGCAACCUUCCCAAACCUGGUAUGAUAUCUUCCAGGGGUUUUGGACUACAGCUCCCAUCAGCCACUGCCAGCAUGGCCAGCAGUCAAAGAAGAAAAUUGCCAGAGUCAACAAACAUUUGAUACUGUGCAAGGAUUAUUUUUCUGCCGGAACUCACUGGAACUGAGUUCCGUCACCUCUCUGGUGCAUUCCAGAGUUCAAAUGCUACUGAGUAGAGGAUCACCAUAACGGCACUGUGUAAAUCCACAAAAGGAGAUGAUGAUAAUACUGUGUGAUGGUACAAUAAAAUGAAAUAAACCAUUCUACAGCAAUUGU